UUUUUUUCUUGGUUACUCGAGGUCUUAGUUUUAAAGAUUUCCCUUUCUCUAUUUUAACUUUUUUUUUUUUCCAUCACGCAUUCUUUUCAUUCACAGUCUACCUACCAACCUCUAAAUACUAUUCAAACCAUGGAUACUGAUGAGCAAAACAAGGCUGAUGUCAGCCCUAUCAUUCGUCGUUUGCAAAACAAGCCCGAGAUUCCGACAAUCGACUUUACCAUGCACAAGACCGAGGAUGGUACCAUUGUAAGCACAAGAGAACGAGUCAUUAAAGAUGUUCCUGCACCAGCAGUGUCUGUUCCUACAGACGAAGAAUUUUGGAGUCAAGAACGACCGGGCUUGCCAAAUAUUGCAUUCUUGAAAGACCAUUUUUAUCGAGAAGGACGACUGUCUGAAGAACAGGCAUUGUAUAUUAUUGAGAAAGGCACCGAGAUACUAAAGACAGAGCCUAAUCUGUUGGAAGUGGGAGCACCCAUCACAGUAUGCGGUGAUAUCCAUGGUCAAUACUAUGACUUGAUGAAGUUGUUUGAAGUGGGUGGCGACCCUGCAUCAACGCGAUAUUUGUUUUUGGGCGACUAUGUGGAUAGAGGAUACUUUUCAAUCGAGUGUGUAUUAUACUUGUGGUCUUUAAAAAUGUGGUAUCCCGAUACCUUCUUUUUGCUUCGAGGCAACCAUGAGUGCAGGCACUUGACAGAUUAUUUCACCUUUAAGAUUGAAUGUCGACAUAAGUAUACUGAACCCGUGUAUGAUGCAUGUAUGGAAUCGUUCUGCUCACUGCCCUUGGCCGCCGUCAUGAACCGCCAAUUCCUGUGUAUCCAUGGCGGUUUAUCCCCUGAAUUACAAACUUUGGAUGAUUUGAGAAAUGUUGAUCGUUUCCGUGAGCCUCCUACGCAUGGAUUAAUGUGUGAUUUGCUGUGGGCCGAUCCGUUGGAAGAGUUCGGUCAAGAAAAGACAAACGAGUUGUUUAUUCACAAUAAUGUGCGAGGAUGUUCAUACUUUUUCAGUUAUCACGCGGCAUGCGCAUUCCUUGAACGAAACGGCUUAUUGUCAAUCAUCCGUGCACACGAAGCUCAGGAUGCAGGCUAUCGCAUGUACCGUAAAAGCAAAACAACAUCCUUCCCCUCGGUCAUGACCAUCUUCUCUGCGCCCAACUACCUAGACAUAUACAACAACAAGGCUGCCGUCCUCAAAUACGAAAACAACGUCAUGAACAUCCGUCAAUUCAACUGCACACCCCACCCCUACUGGCUUCCGAACUUCAUGGAUGUAUUUACAUGGAGUCUGCCAUUUGUUGGCGAGAAGAUUACCGACAUGCUGAUCGCCAUCUUGAACAUUUGCAGCAAAGACGAAUUGGCCGACGAAGAGCACCGGUUAUCACUUGAAGAGUCUGCCUCGUCUUCUUCCAAAGAGCAAGAAGAACGCCGAACUGUCAUUCGCAACAAGAUCCUUGCCGUUGGCAAGAUGUCACGCGUAUUCUCUGUAUUGCGUGAGAACUCUGAGCGCGUGAUGGAACUCAAGACGCUGUCACCAACAGGCAAGCUGCCAUUGGGAACCCUUGCCCUUGGCGUCGAGGGCAUCAAGUCGGCGAUCACUACAUUCGAGGAUGCCAAGCAGGCCGAUCGUGAAAACGAACGACUGCCGCUUACGCGCGAAGCCAAAGAGGCGAUGCUGAAGGAAGAAACGGAUAAGCGAAUCCAUGAUGCAGUACAGGAAGAGGACAAGAAAUUGAACGAGGUGGCGGAUGCAAUCAUGAGCGAUGCCGACUGAAAGAAAUAGCAGCAGGAGAACCAUGCUAAUAAUGAUUAUUCUUUAUAAAAACACCUAUUAUUCUGUAAAACGAUACGAUACCUUUUUAAAAAAAAUUGAAAGACAUUUUCUCCAUCUUCCGUACUCACCCAAAACUCUCCCCUUUUCCUCUUUUCCCGGUGACGAAAACAAAGCAUCAAAUUUGGAUAAAGUUUGAUCGAUUUGUUUAGUAUUAGUUUAUGUACACACACACACACACACACACAC